AGGACGAGAUCCAAUAGCGCCAGGAACUCAAAAAAAUGGCUCUUCUCUCUUCCUCGCUCUUCCCUUCGCCCCUUCCAAUUCCCGAUUCCACAAAUACCCCUCGGAAUUGCAGGUUUUUACCUCAUAUACCCCGGAGAAUCCCUUCACCUGCCUUCCUCCCCAUUGCCCCUGCUCGGAAAAACCAUCCCCAAUUCUCUCCCAUUGCAUCCCACCUCUGCACGGACCAAAACCCAAUAACCCUAGACAGGCCAGCUCUUUCGAUCGCCGAAGCUGCUUCCGAAGCUGAGCUGUGGGCCGCGGUACACCUCCGUGUCCGUUCCUUCUACGAAUUCAACGAUCAGACGUACGGCGUCGAGGAUCAUAAGAGGUACUUGUCAGAGCGCGAGUUUGAAGCUCUAAAAGACCGUAUUGCUGGGAAGAGGAUAGGAUUUAAUAGGGUUUCUUGCAUCAAUGCAACGAUUCCAAUAUCACAAACAUUAAGAUCCUCAAAUGGUUUGUGCACUGCUUGCAAGUUUUCUGAUAAUGGAGAAGAUCGAGUAGUAGUUGGGUCCCUAGAUCUCAACCAGUGUCUAAGGCUGGCAGAUGAAAUAACAGGGAAGAGGCCAGAGGGGAUUGGAGCUGAUUUUGCAAGAGCGUAUCUUAGCAAUGUGUGUGUAGCUGCAGAGCUGCAUCAGAAUGGCAUUGGCUAUGCACUAGUUGCCAAGUCCAAGAAAAUUGCUCGACAAUGGGGCGUAACAGAUUUAUAUGCUCAUGUCGCCAUCGACAAUGAGCCUGCGAAGAAGUUGUAUACAAAGAGUGGAUUCAUCUAUGAAAAUGAAGAACCUGCUUGGCAAGCCAGAUUUUUAGGACGGCCGAGACGUCUCCUCCUGUGGGCUGAUCUGUCUAUGACCACCAGUUUGUAAUGCAAGACCAACUUUUAUUCCAUGAUUUUUUUUUUUUUUUUCUUUUACCAUUUAAAAAAAAAUUAUAGCAGGUAAGCUGGGAUAUAAACCUGUGACCCAUGCCAUUGUCGUCCUUCUCCGAACUUGUGGGGGCAUGAGGUUCGACCCCAUCUAUUCCAUAUGAAUGUGUAUAAGCUCGAGUUCAUUUAUAGUACUAUAUUUUUU